AUGGGUGUUUGUUCGUCAACAAAAAAACGUUUAAUUGUCAGGCAAACUUCCUCAUUAAAAUUAUCACCAAUACUUAAAGAAAAACCUUUAUUAAUUAAAAAGAAUACAAUAAAUAAAUUAGAUUCUAAAUUAGAAAAGAAAGAUUCGGAUUUAAAUUUGUUACCAACAAAUGAUUUACAAAAAAAUAUAGCCAAUAUUGUUUCUGAUGAGUCAAUAUUUGAAAGAGAAAAAAGAAUGGUUGUUUUAUUGGUUAGCUGUAAUAUAGAAAAUCCGUCACAAUUAGUUUUGAUUGAUGUUGACUUGGCUAGCUCAAAUUUUGGAAAAAUUAUUUGUCGUUUAAGUUUGCCAAUGCCUGGAGAGGAGCUAUAUUCACUCGCUUGUAUAAGAAAUUCACAAUCUUUAUUACACUCAGACGAAACAGAUAUUAAUAUUCAACAAAACAAUCAACAAUUUACGUUAAUAGUCCCCGUCCCUUCACAUUCAAGAAUUUAUAUACUUAAAUUAAUGGAUGCAACAUUAAAUAAUGGGUCAGAAAAUGGAAGUUUAAAAGCCCAAAAACAAGCAGCAAAUAAUGAAAGUUCCUCUUCAGCAAUAUCUACACAUAUACGAAUUCAAAAGGUUCUCUGGUGGGGAGGCAAAUAA